CCGGGUUGAUUUCCGGUCACAGAAGCUCGAAGAUGGCGACUCACAUGUCGAGCUGUAGGAGCUUGUGUUUACGCUGGGGUCGUGUUCACAGAAGGUUUGGGAUCACAGGUGACAGGAAGUACAGCAGUGGCAGCAGAUACCCGAACAUCUCCCUCUCCACGCCGCUGCCUGGCAUCCCCAAACCAGCGUUUGCGUCUGCAGACGGUCAUGAAAAAUAUGAGACCAGGAUAACUACUCUAGAAAAUGGCCUCAAAGUUGCCUCACAAAACAAGUUUGGUCAAUUCUGUACAGUUGGAAUUUUAGUAAAUUCUGGAUCCAGAUAUGAAGCUAAAUAUCCAAGUGGAAUCGCUCAUUUCUUAGAGAAACUAGCCUUUUCUUCCACAGCUCAGUACGGGAGUAAAGAUGAAAUCCUGCUGACACUAGAAAAGCAUGGAGGAAUUUGUGACUGUCAAACCUCAAGAGAUACCACCAUGUAUGCAGUGUCUGCUGAAGUGAAGGGUCUGGACACAGUGGUCAGCCUUCUCUCUGAUGCUGUACUACAGCCUCGUCUGCUGGAUGACGAGAUUGAGAUGACCAAAAUGGUGGUACGCUUUGAGCUGGAGGACCUAAACAUGAGGCCGGACCCAGAACCUUUACUUACCGAGAUGAUCCACGCUGCUGCCUAUAGAGACAACACAGUCGGACUGCCACGCUUUUGUCCUGUGGGUAACGUAGACAAGAUUAACAAAGAAGUACUGCAAAACUACCUGCGUACCUACUACUGUCCUGAGCGCAUGGUGCUGGCUGGAGUGGGCAUUGAGCACGAGCAGCUGGUGGAGUGUGCCAGGAAAUACCUGCUGGAUGUGAAGCCAGUGUGGGGAACGAGCACCGUGUCCAGAGUGGACCUGUCUGUAGCUCAGUACACAGGUGGCAUUGUCAAGAUGGAGAAGGACAUGUCAGACGUGAGCCUUGGCCCCACCCCGAUCCCAGAGCUCACCCACAUCAUGAUCGGCCUGGAGACCUGCUCCUUCCUGGAGAAUGACUUCAUCCCAUUUGCUGUGCUCAACAUGAUGAUGGGUGGAGGAGGCUCCUUUUCAGCAGGAGGACCUGGUAAAGGCAUGUUCACCCGUCUGUACCUGAACGUGCUCAACAGGCAUCACUGGAUGUACAACGCCACCUCCUACCAUCAUAGCUACGAGGACAGCGGCCUGUUGUGUAUCCACGCUAGUGCUGAUCCCAGACAGGUGCGAGAAAUGGUGGAAAUAAUAACCAGAGAAUUCAUCCAGAUGGCUGGAAACGCAGGAGAGAUGGAGCUGGAGAGAGCCAAGACUCAGCUCAAGUCCAUGCUGAUGAUGAACCUGGAGUCACGGCCGGUUAUUUUUGAGGAUGUCGGUCGCCAGGUUCUCUCCACAGGAAAGAGAAAGCUGCCACAUGAACUCUGUGACCUAAUAAGCAACGUGACAGCCAGCGAUAUUAAAAGAGUGACCACGAAGAUGCUGCGCAGUAAGCCUUCAGUCGCGGCUCUGGGAGACCUGACGGAGCUGCCGUCAUACGAGCACAUCCAGGCCGCACUGUCCAGCAAGGACGGACGUCUGCCCCGCAUGUAUCGUCUGUUCCGAUAGAGCCACGCCCACCACGGCCACUCGGCCCACAUGAACUGAAAGAUAGAAGAUUACCCUUAUGUUCCCUCCCAUCAUGCAGCUGGACACAGCUCAGUCAGGGAGGAUGCAACAUCCCUGACACGGGAAUUAAAAAAAAAAAACUCUCAAAAGCAUAUACGGUUGGAGUAUAUGUAUUGACUGUUGGUGGCCAGAAAGCCAUAUGUCAAUAUUUACUGAUGUCUUGCAGGAGAUGGGUUUUAAAAGGAUGUUUCACCCCAAGCCACCACGUUUUGUUUUUACACAGUGAAAUACACAAGCAGAGAUGAGGUCAUAACGCUGGUACUUUUCAUUGAGCCUUUCAGUUUUCAAACCUUCAGCUCCUUCAGUUUCAAACCUCACACUUUCUUUUCAUCCAGAGCAAAUGUAAAAAAGCAACUUUGAAAUACUCAACUAUUUAUACAACAGCACUUGAUAAUCUGCCUUUACUGACUCAAGACAAACAAUACACAGUACUGCUUAAUUAAAUAAUUAUAAAGAAAUAUGUAUGGCCAACUUUACAAGUGAAGCCAGUUUGUGCUUGAGACUGAAAACAUGGUUUUAGUCACAAACGUCUCCUGGAGAGACUGAAACCUGAUUCUGUCUGCAUUUGUGUGUGUUUGUGCGUGCGUGUGUGUUGUUACCAUUGUAAAUUCCAAUAAACUUUAAGGAGAUCAUUUA